CACACCAUUCAAUAUUAAUUAUCCCCUUCCAUCCCCCUUUUCUCUCGCUCUGUGAUUGCUUCUAUUUUUCUUGAUUUCAUUUCUCCAUAUUUUGUUGGGAAAGAUUGUUUUUUUCUCACUUCCUUCGAGGAAAACUUUUUCCUCCGAUCCCUCUAUUUUCAUGUCAAAAUAGUGGGAUCGUGAGAUUUUCUUCUUUUUGAGAAGUUUUGAAACUAGUUUCGUAAUAUUUCUUUAGCCAGAAAAUUAUAUUCAUCAUCGUGUUUCAUACCAUAUUUGGUUAAGAAGGUAUGAGUGAUCACAUGGCUCUAUUUGUGGACCGCCUUGCAAUCCACUCGACAACAGGUUCCUUGUCCUCUUUAGAGGAGGGUGCUGAAAAAAUCUUGAAAACGGAUAUCAGUACUGCUUCUACGGGCCCAUCAUGUUCAAGGUCAAAUGAGGUGAGGGAUGAGGAAGACGAAGAAGGAGAACAAGAGGAUGAACCAUUAAUUCAAGAUGGGGAAUGUCGUAUUUGCCAGGAAGAGGAUUCCAUUCACAAUUUGGAAGCUCCGUGUGGUUGUAGCGGCAGCCUCAAGUAUGCUCAUAGAAAAUGUAUCCAAUAUUGGUGCAAUGAGAAAGGAGACACCACUUGUGAGAUAUGUCAUCAGGAUUAUCAACCGGGUUAUACAGUUCCACCUCGCCCUCCUCGCCUUGAAGAUACUAUCAUCGACAUUGGCAGAGGAGGUUGGACAAUAUCAGGCACGCCUAUAGAUUUACAUGAUCCUCGUCUUCUUGCCAUUGCGGAAGCAGAACGUCAUUUUUUGGAAGCUGAAUAUGAUGAGUAUGCUGCUUCCAAUGCUAGUGGAGCUGCUUUUUGUCGUUCAGCGGCACUCAUCUUGAUGGCCCUUCUACUAUUACGACAUGCAUUGACAGUGACAGAAGCUGAUGAAGAUGAUGAUGUUUCCACCUUUUUCUCUGUUUUCCUACUACGUGCAGCUGGUUUUCUCUUGCCCUGUUACAUCAUGGCUUGGGCUAUCAGCAUUUUACAACGAAGAAGGCAAAGACAAGAAGCUGCCGCAUUAGCAGCAACACAAGUUGCAUUUGUGCUACAAUCCGGGCAACGUCAUGGUUUGCAAUUCACUAUAGCAUCUGGUCCACCUGUAACCACACAACAAGAACCCGUUUAAUUUGAACCAAACUAGAUGGAAUCAUCAAAAGAGGACUAGGCAAGCAAUCAAGGGAAAUGAAGAAUUUUAGUGUCUAUGAAGCUUUUUAUUAAGGGGAGAAAGUGGAUGGGAUAAAUGAAGAUGAAAUGUUAAAUCCCUCGAGUACCUAGUUUUACGUUCUUAAAAUUAAGAGAGAGAAAAAUAUAAAAGAAAGGGAAAAGUGAAAUGAAAAAUGAGAAGAAGUGUGUUGUGCAAUGUGUGAGACUAUAUGAUGUUUUGGAUUAUCAAACAUUGUUAUGUGCUUUACAUCCUAUUGUAUGUGUAAAUAUGAUAUCACAAGACCGAAGAGCUUCUAAAAUGUCAAAAGAGUCAUCGAUUUUAAAUUCAUGUAUCUCACUUAAUUUUGCACCUCUUUUGGAGACACACUGCAGGUUGUUGUAUCUCACUUAAUUUGGCUGGACUGUCAUGGGAUGUGCCACUACCAUUAGAUCAAGACUUGUAUGGAACAAAGAGUAUUUAAUCCAAUUAGAGGCCUUGAAUAUCAAUGUCUCAACCAUAUGGUUUUGGAAGCAAUUGAAAAGGGCUCUUGAAAUA